UUGUCCCACAGGCUCUUGUGGCGGCCGAGAUAAGAGACCGUGCAAAGGCCUUUGAACCACAAAGCUUUCAUGACAAGUUCAACUGACCUUUUAUUUUCCAUUUUGAAAUGAAAGCUAGCCAUUUCGUUGCCUUUAUAACCGACACAUGCGCUCCCAGUUUAUACCUGUGCCUUUGAGCUCUUUGUGGUGGUGGUCGGCUCAAACGCAGGUCUGAUGUUGCAGGUUGUUUAGGGUUUUCUUUUUUUAUAUCUGCAUCCCCCUCCUCUUUCCCAUCCAUUUGCAUGGUAACACUUCGCCAGCCAGCUGCUGCUGCCUGGUCCUUCCUUCAUGUUGAAUUCUAAUCAUUACUUUCAAAGGAAAGCGUCACCUAAGCUCCUUUAUCAAGUGUUUGAUAAAGGCUGGGAGGAGGCAAGCCGCUGUCCGACACCCACUCAGACCCUCCUCUUCUUAAGACUUGAGCUCUGGAAACGGGGAGCUCUUUCUGUCUGUAGCCCACUUCUUUGAGUCUGGACCAAGCAGGACAUGGAGGAUGAAGCCAAGAGGUCCAGUCCAGAGAUCCCCACUGAAAGCCCAGAGUCUUACCUUAUCUCAGCUGAGUGAUCAGGAUUGGCUGCUCCUUUGCAGCCAGGUUGGCGAUGUGGGAAAUGAUCUGCCGUCGGUGGAAAUAACGGGGUCUGUUGUGGGGAAAAACUACGACAGAUGUAGCUGUGCGUGUGCUGAUGUUCCCCAACAUUCGGUCUCUGGUUUUCAGCAUCAGUCCAAGCAGGCCACAGUCUGUGACGGCAUUACAAAGAAGAGAAAUUCGUCAUCCCAUCACUCGCAGUUUGUAGACACACACCUUUUAGCUACUCACAGGGUUUUAACACCAGAGCUUUGCAAGCCUGCAGUGAACUGCCCACAAGAUAAUAUCCAACCUGAUCAAUUCAGCCCCAAAAAGCAGCCCUGCAACCGUUUUAAGCUCAAAGACAGCAGCCGAGCAUCUCGUUCAAAUUUAUUUAACAUUCCUAUGAACUCCACUGACUGUUCCAAUACCAAUGCAAAGCUGCAGAAGCAGCCUGCGGUCAGCGCUCACAUUAACUGGAGGGAGCUGUUUGGAAAAGAGCCGCCGGUCAUCCAGGAGCAUCAAAAGGCAAAAGCCGCCUCCUCGGUACCCAGUGACCAAACCAAAUCACCAGGAGAUCCAACCUUUGUGCUGAAGAGCCGCCAUCUUCCAUACAGCCGCCAGAGCAGCUGUCAGUGGGGAAAGAGGUCAACGACGCCGGUCAGUCAGAAAAGCAUCAAGUCUUUCUCGGUCAGCCAGUGCAGCUCCUUUGAGACGCAGGGGUUGGUGGAGGAGAAAACAAGACAAAUUCAGACAACCCCUCAGCACCUCUGUGAAUCUAAACUGACCCUACCUACACACUCCCCUCCACUUCCUGACACCUCAGAAACUGUCAGCUCGAUAAACGGAGACGUGGUGCGCCCCUUCAGCAGCCACAGCACUUUGAGAUCGAGUCUCUUGGACCUUCAGGCCGGCCAACAGCUUCUCCACAGCGCCAUCCUAGAGGACGCCUUCUCCAAAGUUAUCAGGGAGGACUCCAGGAAGACCAGUAGCAGGAACCAGGUCAGACCGGAAGGCAGCGUCCCACAGAAGAAGACAAAGGACAUUAGCUACCGGCUGGGUCUGAGGAGGGCUCUCUUUGGGAAGCGAAAACAGUUGAGCGAUUACGCCUUGGUCUGUGGGAUGUUUGGAAUAGUUAUCAUGGUUAUUGAAACUGAGCUGUCGAGAGCCUUUUAUAGCAAGGAUUCCAUGUAUUCUUAUAUACUGAAAAGCCUCAUCAGCAUUUCUACAGCCUUUCUGCUUGGACUCAUUUUGAUGUAUCACGCAAGGGAAAUUCAGCUUUUCAUGGUGGACAAUGGUGCGGAUGAUUGGAGGAUAGCCAUGACCAUCGAGCGGAUCCUCUUCAUUGGCUUGGAGCUCGUCAUCUGUGCCAUUCACCCCAUUCCAGGCCAGUAUGUGUUUUCAUGGACAGCUCGACUGGCCUUCAACUACACCUCAACCCCGUCUGACGAUGACUUUGACAUCCUCCUCUCUGUGCCAAUGUUCCUGCGCCUGUACCUGAUUGGCCGGGUGAUGCUGCUCCACAGCAAGCUUUUCACAGAUGCUUCUUCACGCAGCAUCGGGGCGCUAAACAAGAUCAACUUUGACACUCGCUUCGUCAUGAAGACCCUCAUGACCAUUUGCCCCGGCACAGUACUGCUAGUCUUCAGUGUGUCCUGCUGGAUUAUCGCUGCUUGGAUUGUGCGCAUAUGUGAGAGCCAGGUGUCAUAUCUCAACAGGUAUCAUGACACACAGGAAGUAACCAGCACCUUCUUGGGAGCAAUGUGGCUGGUCUCCAUCACCUUCCUGUCCAUUGGAUACGGAGACAUGGUUCCUCACACCUACUGUGGAAAAGGUGUUUGCUUAUUGACAGGAAUUAUGGGGGCGGGCUGCACAGCCUUAGUGGUGGCUGUCGUUGCCAGGAAGUCUGAGCUCACCAGGGCCGAAAAACACGUCCAUAAUUUUAUGAUGGACACUCAGCUCUUGAAAAAGAUUAAAAAUACAGCAGCAAAUGUACUGCGGGCGACGUGGCUCAUUUACAAAAACACCAAGCUGGUUAAAAAAAUUGACCACGCCACCGUGCGACACCACCAGCGGAAAUUCCUGCAGGCCAUCCACCAGCUGCGAAGAGUCAAAAUGGAGCAAAGGAAACUAACUGAUCAGGCCAAUACAGUUGCUGACCUCGCCAAGACUCAAAACAUGAUGUAUGAUUUAGUGUCAGAGUUGCAGCAUCGAAGUGGCGAGCUGGACAGGAGGGUGGUGGCUCUGGAAGAAAAGCUGGACUCCCUCCUUCUCGACAUGCAGUCACUGCCUGUGGUGCUUUCCCAAGCAAUAACAAAGCUGCACAAGGAUUUCUUGGAUGAUUUAGCUUGCCGUGUUCACUUCCUCUCAUCCUCCUUGAGCACUGACUGCUGCUCAGCACCUCCUAAGCAGCACUGUCCGGGGUCCACCCCCAUGGAUAAAACAUACAGCUGACCAGCCUCACUGCUUUUUUAGGCUGAGUUUUUUUUUCAGGAUUUUUAAAACAUGUUUUCUUAUGUAUAGAAUUUUUGAAGUAUCCAUUAAAAGUGGGAGAAAAGGUUCUUUCAUCACAAAAUUUGUAGUGCAGGAAUUUGUUUUAUAUCAAAUUAAAAGACCCAUUCCAAUCAUCUUUUGAUCUAGGACUGUUGGUGGAGAGUCAGCCUGCUCUCAUUUCCCAUCAUCCCUUUGUUUAAACUCUCCCCCACUAGCUUACAGCCCCUCACAACUCUAAGCUAACAUUACCAGUUCAACAAAAUUGGCAAGUAAUA